CCUUUAGUCCAUUGUAACGCUACUGAAAGCUUUAGCACAAAGCAAGGCACUUUCUAUAUACCUUUUCUACGCAAUUUUUUUACAUUGCACGUUUUAAAAUAGCAUUAUUAGUUUUAUGUUUGUCUUUUAUUCUGGUUAAUUUACAGUACUUUAAGAGAUUUGCAAUAUGGUCAAAACUCAGAGUUGUUUACGUAAUAAAAGUUAUCGAUAUGCUUCAGCACCAAGAAUGAUUACAAGAAGGAGAACUUCUCUACCAAAAAAAGUGCAUUUCUUGCAAUUGCAAGAUAUAAAAAGGACAACAAAUGUUUUGCGCUCAUCUGCUAUUCGAAGUUUGUUUAUGCAAGCAAAAUCUUUUGACGAACUUCCUCACGAAGUUGUUACACUAAUUCUCACUUAUUUUAAUGCAAAAGAUCUGAUCAUGCUUAGAUGUAUAAAUAGAAGAUUUAAAGAACUUAUUGAUGGCAAUUCUACUAUUUGGUCGCAAGUGAGUUAUCAAGGUCUAUGGCCUACAUCAGCUCAAGAAGAAAGUUUAUUUCAUAGGGGAGCAUCAUGUAGUAACAUCGAGUGUUUGGUGAAGCUUGGUUUGUCACAUCUAUAUCACUAUAAUCUAAUAAGUGGCUCAGAAAAGAAUGAAAAAUUAGUUAAACACAAUGCAAAUCUAGCAGCAGCUUAUUUUUGUCAGCUUGACACAUGCAUUGCUCCUAAAAAACCGAUCACCUGGAUGUUGAUUCGUCCUCCUUGGUCAAACCGAUCAGUUUGUUUAAAGCAAGCAAUUCAAAGCCAAAUGCUUGAAAUGACUUCACUCUCAACAAAUGGUGCCAUUUGCUAUAAUAUUGGUCGUGUUCUGGCUUUAGAAUCAGAUAUUCAUUCAAAAGAUGUUUCUAAGAACUUUCAUAUGUCAUCUUUAGAUGGUUGCUCGCAUGGAGCUUUUCAAGAACUCUUAGUGCAAAAUACAUCUGAUUGUGAUUCAGGCAGAAAACUUCAAUGGUUUCGAGAUUUAAAAAAAUGUGUUCAAAUGAAGAACCAAGAAGCUUUGUUUAUGCUUGCCAAUUUUUAUAUUGUUAAUAGACAAAAACAAUGUCUUAAAGAAGAAGAAGCAACUAGCUUUUGUGAAAAUUUGUUUUCAAAAAAUACUUGCAUACGAUAUGAUAAGCUAGAAACUUUUCAACCUAAAAUUAACAGUCUCAUGCGUUGCAUUUUGGUUGACUGGCUUGCUGAGGUAGCGUAUAUGAAAGAUAUGAGUCAUCAGGUUAUUCAUGCAGCUGUGCAAUAUGUUGAUCGCUAUUUAACUACACGUGUUAUUGAGCGGACUAAAUUACAACUACUUGGAAUCACUUGUUUACUUCUUGCUGCCAAAUCACAUUAUGAUCCUCGCCCCCAAUUACAUAUACUAACUGUUAGAGAAUCAUCCUGGCUUACAGAUCAAACUUACCAAUAUGAAGAUGUUGUAAGAAUGAUGGGUGAAAUCAUAGCUACUUUUAAAGGUGAUCUUUGGAUGCCAUCAUCUUGGGACUAUUUGAACCUAUUACAAUCAUUUGAAGAAGUUAGCCUUCAAACAAAACAUCUAUCACAUUAUUUACAUGAUCUUUCUAUGUUAUUUACUUGUUUUGGAAGUUUUAAACCAUCUAUGUUGGCAGCUUCCUGUAUUUUUCUUGCAGGAAUUAUCUUAAAUAAUGAAUGUCCAUGGUUAAAUUGUUUUGAAGAGUAUACUGGCUUUGUUGUAAAAGAUGUUGCAAAUUGUGCUUCUCUUCUUUACUAUAAAUGUAUUCUAUGUCCUUCAAUAAAAGAUGAUCGUGAUCUACCUUUAAAGAGCAUUAAAGAUGAAUACUGUUCAGAGAAAUAUGAUUGCAUUGCUAAAAUUGUUGUUGCUCAGCCUUGUGAAAUUAAACAUAGAAUUUUAGCUGCAGACAGUAAUUUAACAUGUAUUUCACAAGAUCCUUUUCAAUUUGAUAUUAUAUCUAUGGACGAGACUCUAAAUUUAAGUAUCAAGAGUAUUGAUUAUGAUGGUGAUUGUGAUGAAGACAGUGAUGCAUUUUCGGAAUCAUUUGAAGAAACGUUUUGUGUUGGUCGAACAAAGUCAUUGUCUUUUGUAGAGGAGUUCUCUGAUGAUGAGACUAUGGAUGCAGAUACUAAAAUCUUCAACAAGUCUAUGGUAGAAUACAAAAGCUACACUCCAAUAUAUAAUAACGCUUCUAGUAGAUAUACUCGCAUAGAAAAAAAGUGGCUUAGCGAAGGUACUUUUAAUGACCACAUGAAAAGUAGUGAGGAAAGUGAUAUUUUAACUUUUUUUGAUGAAAAUAACAUAGACAAACCACCCACUAAUGUCAAGUGCUUUGUUUCUGCUUCUAGAAAACGUUCUAAUAAAAGAAAGACUGUGUCUCUUACAACUGAUCCUAUUGGCAAGCGGACGCGUUCUAGUCGCUUCCGCAAAAAUUAAUUUGUUUUAAUUAGAAAAAGUAAAAUGAAAAGAUUUUAUACGGAAAUUUAUUCCUUGAAUUUUAUUUGAAAAUUUUAGAAGUUCAAAAUCAUUUUUAUAUUCAUAUGUACAACAUAUUUUCUCAGGUUUUCAAAUUGUUUUAAACAUACUUUAUAGAGAGAUUUCUUCAUAUGUAUUAUAUUGUUGUAUAUAUUAUAUUAUAUUAGCUCUUCUAUACACAUAUAUUUAUAGUAAAAGUACAUUUUUUAUUUCAGCUAUAUUUGUUAGACAAAUUUUCUUAGUGUUUUAAAGAAUUUUUGUCUCGUCUGCUUUUGUUUAAUAUUUGUAAAAAUUUUUGUUUUGUAUUUUAUUUCAUUCAUUGUUUGUUUUUGUUUGUUUUUUUCAUAUUUUCAUUUUGAACAUUUUUACUUUUUUAAAUGUAGGCAAACGAUUAGACUUAUUAGGUAUUUAAAAGUAAUUGCAAUUUCUUAUAAACAGUUCAUGGUAUUUUUUAUAAAUCGGAUUAGGAUUCUUUUUCAUUAUUUUUUUCUUUUUUCAUCCUAACCCAUAUAGGCUAUUUCCUUUUGAGUAUUUUAUAUUGGUUUAUUCCUUUUAUCGAUUUAUAGAUAUAAAUAUCGGUUUUAAAAAGUUUUUUUCUUCUAAAAUGUUUUUUCUUAAUUGUUUAAUCGUUUCUUAUCUAAGUUUAGACGUGUGCGUGUUUUUUUUUUUUUUGUCACGAUUAGGAAGUUUUAAUCUCAUGUCAUUUUUGUUGUUUAGUUCAUGAUUAAAAAAGCUGUUACUUUUACUUGUAUAGUUUGAUGCAAUUGUUAUUUUAUUUGAUUUAAAUUAUUUAUGGAGAAAUAAAUUGUUUUUAAAAUAAAAAUA